AUGAACUUCAUCACGAGAAUGGGAAAGAAAGCCAAAGCCGCGGCUGCGGCGGUGGUCGAAGAGAAGCCAGCCAAGGAAAACAACGUGAAGGAUAACGCGGUGAACGAUAAGAAGCAGGCCAGUCCCAAGGCGACCGAGAAGGGUGACAAAAACCAGAAGGCUCCGAAGAAUGACAAGAAGGUGACCCCCAGCACGGGAGGCGAAGGAACGGCAAACGUGCAACUGAACGGAAGCGUAAACAAAAAGGAAAACGAGACGGACGGUAAGAAGAACAACAACGCGAAGGAGAACAACGUCAGUGGUGCCAGUAACAGUAAAGCUGAGCAAAACCAGAACGCGGCACAGAAGAAAAAGAAAGUGAACAAAAAUAGCAAGAAGGAGGAUGCUUCCCCGGGGAAUCAAAACGAGGACUCCAUGGAGGAGGAAAAGGUGAACGAGAGCCCCGCGCAAGGCAAGGCCAAGGGCGCGAAGAAGGACGACGCGAAGAAGGUAGACGGAAAGAAGGCCGAUGCGAAGAAGCCCGAUGCGAAGAAGGCCGAAGCGAAGAAGGCCGAAGCGAAGAAGGCCGAUGCGAAGAAGCCCGAUGCGAAGAAGACCGACGCGAUGAAGGAUGAACCCAAGGAAGAACCCAAGAAGGACAUGAAAAAGGAACUCAAGCUGAAGGAAGACGAAAGGAAAAAAAUCGAAAACGAUUUAAACAAAAAGUUUCAAAAGCUUAGCAAACAGGAUAACAGUAAAAAUAUAAAUGACAAAAUGGAGGCAGAAAUAAAUGCACAAACUCCGAGGCCAACGAAUAUGAAAAUGUCGUCCGCAGAUGUAGAAAACAAAUGCAAAGAAGCUAAACUGAAGAAGAAAAAAAUGAACCCCAAAAAUGAAGAAGAAAUGGAAGAAGUAAACACGUACAUUAACUACCUAGAGGAACAAUUAAAUAUAACGAAAAAUUACGAAAGUUUUAAAAAUUUUCAAAACAGGCUGAUUACUCUGAGAAAGACUUGUGAGGAGAAGUUAAAAGAAAAUGUGAAAAGUCUGUCCGAAAUUAAAGUCCAAGAAAAGAAACUACGAUUUGUUGAUAAAAUUAUAAAAUUUAAAAAAGAAAAACAUAACGUAACCAUUGUAGAGGCAGACAUCACAAACAAAGAAUUCGUCAUGCCUAGUGAUAAAUAUAACCAGUUAAUUAAGCCCUUCAAUUUUAUUAAUAAGAUACAGAGUAAAUAUGUCGUGUAUGUGGACAAAGUAAACAACAAUAACUUUGAGAAUAAAGUGUCCUUGUUCAUUUCAGGCUGUAGAGAAGAUAUAGAAAAUUUCAUAACACACAUAAAGAAUCUCGAUUUGACGGAAAAAAAUUAUUUAUAUAUGCCAAACAAGACCUUUAAAUCUAUGCUGAAUAUGCAUGAAGGUAGCUUUAGAAAAAUGGAAGAAGAGACAAAUGUACUGUUGCAUAUAGAUAACGAUACGUUGUACUACUGCGGAAUGAAAAGCGAUAUAGAACGGUUGAAGGAAAUAAUCGAAAAGGCCAACACUGAACAAAGUGCAAACACAAAGAAUAUUUCGAAGGAUAUUAAAUUGGAUUCUGUUUUGGGAAGAGGAUUUAACAAAAGUUUAUUAAAAGCUAUAGAGGCAAAGACGAACACAUUUAUCCGCAUGAAUUAUGAUUCCAAGAGUUUUGAAGCAUGGGCAACUAUUAAGGGAAAUAAAACAAGUGAUAUAGAAGAAGCGGAAGAAAAACUGAACGAAAUUAUCAAAGGAUUAGAAUCUAAAUUUGUAGAAUUCGAUGAAAGAGAAAUGUUUAAUUUGUACAAAAAAUGUGCCUACGAAUUGAAUGACAUUAAAAUUAAUUUGAACCUUUUUGUUGUUCGUCAUGAUAAUGGAAUUAGCCUCGUAGGAAAAGGAGAAAAUAUUCAGAAGGGAUUAGAAAUUUUGGAUUAUGUAAAAAAUGUGAUAUCCUCUAAAUCGGUCAAGAAAAAAGUAACUGAGGAAGAAGCCUAUCUAUUCAACGCCAACUAUAGAAAUUAUAUUAAGGCACAAACUGGAGCAGAGGUAAAAAUAUUCAACAAAACGAAUUAUAAAGAAUUAAAUAUCAGUGGAAAUAAAAACGAUAUAGACAAUGCUUUGCAACUAAUCGAUGAGUUAUUGGAGAAAAGAAAAUGUGUACAUGUUGAAAUUACCGAAAAGGUAAUUGCCAUGCUGUUGUCAGCCAAAGCACAAAAAAUUAAAGAAAUUGAAAAAGAUACUUCGACUAGUAUUCAGAUAAACAAAAAUAAUCACGUGGCACAGAUUUAUGGACAUGAAGAAAAUAUUGCCCUAGCUAAAGAUGUUUUGCAAAACUUGUUGCAAUCGGAUGAUAAAGAUGAAAAAUAUAGUACCAAUAAUAAUUACAUCACCGUAGAAAUGGUUGUCGAUACGGAAUAUAUUGGAAGCAUUAUUGGAAAGAAAGGUAGAACUAUUAAUAAAAUCCAGGAAGAAACAUUUGCCAAAAAAAUACACAUCGAUAAGGAUAGUAAGAAGGUCCUAAUUCAAGGCACUCCCAAAACGGUUGAAGCCGCGCAGAAGGAAAUUUUAAAAAUUCUUAACAGAGCUAAAGAAGAAAACGGCCAAAAUGGUACCUACCAAAACGAUCGUUAUAAAAACUUCAGUCAUUCUUUAACACCAAAUAGGAGAAGCACAUACCAGAACAGCAGCAACAAUACUAGGGCAGGCAACAAGUCUUCUUACCGACCCGAUUCGGCCAAAAACGGCGUGUACAUAAACACGAAUGACGAAAAGGCCUUCCCCAGCCUCCACGACGUCAGUAACAUUCAAUCCAGGAAAACGAAGAAGGCCAUCAACCAGGCCAACGUGAAGAGGCAGGACGAGCAGCAGCAGGCAACUGAGGCGGCGACCGCUGACAAGCAGUAG